AUGGCCGCAGCCUACGCUUUACUCUCGUUAAUCCUUGCCACACUCACGGAAACCAUCAAGUCGACGUACCCGACCAUCUUUUCUAGCGGCUCCAUUGGCUUGACAUUUUUAAAUCUCGCCAUCGGCAAUACAAUCACUUUGAUCUUCUACAGUCUCACUUCCGACCGCUACGUGAUUCAUCAGCGGGAAAAAAAGCGCGAUGCAUUCAAGCCCGAGUCUCGGCUGGUGUAUCUGCUUGGUUCCGCAAUCAUUCUUCCUCUGGGCUUCCUCAUCUACGGAUGGGCAUUGGCGUUUCAUGUUCAAUACAUUGUGCCGCUCAUCGGAACAUGUAUUGCGGGGUUUAGCAUAACGAUUUCUACUAUAACUGUUGAAACAUACGUAGUGGAUAUUUACAAGAUCCAUGGGGCAUCUUCUAUAGCUGCUGGUGUAAUCUUCCGAGCGAUUGCUGGGGCUUUUCUACCACUAAUCGGCCCUCCUCUAUAUCAAAGAAUUGGGUUGGGCUGGGUAGAGAACGAUUUGGAUCGACUGGACGAUAAAUUGAUCGUCAUCUGUAGUAAGACUUAUGGUCUGAGAUUAAAAAAGCCGGUAUCGCUAGUCAGUAAGAAGCGCUUUAUAUUUGGUGUGUGGAGAGCUCAGCCGGAUUGCUUGAAAGAGAAUGGAAGAUCCACAUGA